CCAUCCAUUUUCCAUCAUGCUUAUCCCAAGCGGAGUCUUGAGAGGUGCUGGCGUCUCCCAUCUGUCAUCUGUUGCCAGUUCAUUGAGGGCAACACGAUCUAUUUAGUUAUUUCUAUUGUAAUUUAGAUAGGCCUAUAGGCUCACAAUUGCUUUAACUUAGAUUAAAAAUUAAUUUGGUCAUAGUGUAAUCCAUUUAUCAUUUGUUUUUAUCUUCAUUAUUUAAGCUUUUUUCUAAUAAAUGUAUUCUGUGAUUGCAGCCAGUCGAAGAUCUGGAAGACUGCUCUUGCCCUUCAUCUACUUCACCAGACUGCCCCAAACAGCUGCAGCUCCUCCGCAGUCCUUGUGAAAAGUGCUGCUGCCCAGCACCUCCACCAAAGAUCAGUGACCUCAUGAACGACAAAGACCUGCUGGACUUACUGCGCUUGAAGCUGGACCCAAACCACUGCACGGUUAAAAACUGGAAGAACUUUGCGAGCCGUUGGGGAAUGAGCUACGACGAACUCACCCUGCUGGAGCACCGGACCCAGGGCUCCUUGUCUCACAGCCCCACUCAAGAGUUCCUGCUGCGCUACAACCAGAAGACGGUGACCGAGCUCACCGAACUGUGCCGCAUCUAUCAGCGCAUUGACGUGCUGCGGCUGCUUCAGAGCUGGAUAGAGAAGGACUGGCCGUCACGCUGGCAGCAGACUCACUAAUCACAUGGAAAUGUGGAUUUAUCUGUUGGGUUUUUUCU